GUUGUGUUGUGGGUAAUUUGCGCCUUGUCUGUUUGUCAUUAGACUUCCUCGUUUGAUUUCACUACUGUUUGUCUUCGUUGAAACGACCCGUUAUUGGCCAUGGCUACGAAAAUUGGAAAGAAAAGGAAGAGUCGAAUUCUUGUCGAUUCCGAAAGUUCUGACAGUGACAGCCCUGCUGAUCUUGAUGAGGACUUGUUAUCCCUUGCAAAGAGAAAACGUUCAGCUGAACCAGAACCACAGAACAACAGUCAGAAAAGUGAAUCCUCAGGUUCUGAAACCUCAGACAGUGACGAUGAGUGGAUGGCAGGAGGCAAAAAGAAAACUAAAAGACCACUCAAGAAGAGGACUCGUAAAACAGCUGCCUCUGAUGGUUCAGCUGCAGAAAGUGAAUCUGAGAAGUCAUCUUUGGAAGAAGGGGAAGUAUCAGACUCUGAAAGCAACAAGUCAUCUGGGUCAUACUCAAGUGAUUCAGAUUCAGAUGAAUUCCGGGAUGGUUAUGCAGAUGAUAUGAUGGGUGAUGAAGAGGACAGAGCACGAUUAGAACUUAUGACAGAAAAAGAAAGAGAACAGGAAUUGUUCAACAGAAUUGAAAAAAGAGAAGUUUUAAGAACAAGGUUUGAAAUUGAAAGGAAGCUGCGGCAAGCCAAAAAGAAAGACAUGAAGAGACAGAAGAAACAUGAAGGAGAGGCUAGACAUGUUCACAGAGUAAAAACCACACAUGAGAGAAGCCAAGAAAGGAGGCGGACAAUAGAUGAAAGAAGAGAUAAGAAAGCUGAAGCUAUUAAAACCCUUAGAGCAGAAAGAGAGAAGAAGCGAAAGACAGCCGAGGCUCAAGCAAACAAGAAACAGCCAGUUAAAGUGAGUGAUGUGUAUUCAGAAAGUGAAAGUGAUGAAAAUGAUGAUUCUAGUGGAGACCAAAGUGACGACUCAUACCGGGCUUCAGACAGAGACGAUGAGGAUGUAUAUGAAGAGCGUAGGUCCCAUACUGUGAACAGUAAAGAUGAUUUACUCAGGGUCAAACUAUCAAGGCAUAAACUUGAAAGGUGGGUUCAUAUGCCAUUUUUCACUACUGUUGUUAAAGGAUGCUUUGUUAGGAUAGGAAUUGGUACAAAUGAUGGUAGACCAGUUUACAGGGUUGCUGAAAUUACGGAUGUUGUUGAGACUGCUAAGAUCUAUCAGCUAGGUAGUACCAAAACAAAUAAAGGUCUCAGAUUAAGACAUGGAACACAGGAAAGAGUCUUUAGGCUGGAAUUUGUAUCAAACCAGGAGUUCUCAGAACACGAGUUUUUUAAAUGGAAAGAAGAGCUAAUGUUAAACGGUCUUCAGUUACCAACAAAAGAAGAAAUUGAGGAUAAAUACCGAGAAAUACAAAGUGCAUUGAAAUACAACUUCAAUGAAGAUGAUGUUGAUAAGAUGGUGCAAGAAAAAAAGAAGUUCCGAAAGAAUCCCAGAAACUACGCCAUGAAGAAAACAGAUUUGAUGAAACGAAGGGAUGAAGCUGAUCAACAAGGGGAUGUGGAACAAGUCAAGAUGUAUGCCAAAGAGUUAGAAGAUUUGGAAGAAAGAGCUGAAGAGUUGGACAAACAGAGAACGAAGAAUAUCAGUGCCAUCAGUUAUAUAAAUCAGAGAAAUAGACAGAAAAACAUAAAGGAUGCCGAAAUAGCUAUGGCAGAGGAAAUUAAAGAACUCGUCAAUGCUAAAGACGAUCCAUUUACAAGAAGAAAAUCAAAGCCACAACCACUAGUGACAAGGACUCGAGACAUACAGCCAUCAGUUGAACUUUUAACAAAAUUAGCAGAACAAGCAAGACGAGAAGAGGAAGAAAGGAAAAAAGCAGAAUUGGAGAAGAAGGAAUCGGAAGAUGACAUGGAUAUGUUGGGACUUGAAUUGACUGCAUCUGGUAAAUCUACAGCACAAAUGCCAGAAAGAAGGGUAUCUGAAGAUCUGUUCCAUGCACAUGACUUUGACAUUAAAAUAGACUUGGAUGUCCCAGGUGGAG